AUGGGUCAAACAGAUAGUAAACCAUCGAGUGGAAGUCAUGUUCAUCAUGAUGAUCUUAAUGAUGUUUUAGUACCACCGACAUUAUCUUCUUCUACCAGUAGUAGUCUAAUCUAUCAGAAUAUACCAUAUACAAGUUACUCUUAUGAGAAACUACCAUCGAAACAAGAAAUACAACAUCAACAGCAACAGCAACAACAACAACAACAACAAUCUAAUCAAUCUAAUCAAUCUUCAUCUUCUUCAUUAUCAUCAUCAUCUUUAAAUAAUAAUCAAAUACAACAACAACAACAAAAUAUACUAAAUAAUAGCUAUAAUAAAGAUGAAAUAAUUACACUUUCAAAAGUAGAGAAAUCAAAUGAAACAGAACAAGAGUUGGAAAGAUUAGCAAAAACUCCACAUUUCUUUCCGCUGCUAAAUGAUAAUGAUGAAUCUUGGAUAACACCAAACGGUAAUCCAUUGUCGGUUGCAGACAUGGAUAACAGAGGUGCACUCAACAUCAGUAUCGACAUUCAAAACUAUCUUAAAAACUCUACAGGUUACAUUGUCGAGAAACAAAUGGAAAUCAUCAAUCGUAUCAGAGAAGUCGAGAUGAAACAAUCGAAAAAACUAACACAUUCAAUGUCAACCAGGGUUAGCGAAACAACUCAUUAUAAUUAUGGUUUUAAAGAAGUGACAGAUAAAGUUAAAUUUAAUAUAAUAAAAACAAAUGCAUUGGUUUAUAGGAUAGGUGAUCUAAUUGAGCAGAUAGAAUCUGCAUUACCAGAGAAUGAAAGAGAGAAUAUUAAAGAACUGAUAUAUGCAUCACUACCCAGAAACUCUCCAACUUAUAAUCCACCUAAAUUUGUUCCUGCUUUACUUCAAUCAACUACAUCAGAGAUACAGUCAGCAACAACAUCAUCAUCUUUGUCGUCGGAAACAAUUGAAGGAUCAUAA